UCUCUCUCACACACAAAAUUAAAUACAGAGAGAGAUAAAGGGAGAUAACAUUUUUUUUGUCACACAGAUGCAGACAUGGAGAGUGAGUGGAAAGCUAAUGAGAUAACACCAAAUUGUCCAAGAUGUGGUUCAUCCAACACAAAAUUCUGCUACUACAAUAACUACAGUUUAACUCAACCAAGAUACUUUUGCAAAGGAUGCAGAAGGUAUUGGACAAAAGGUGGAUCCCUCAGAAAUGUUCCUGUUGGUGGUGGCUGCAGAAAAAACAGAAGAGGUAACAACAAAACCUUAUUAAGACAACAAUCCUUUGAUUCUCUCACUUUCAAAAAUUCUGACACAAUUGGUCAUCAUUCUUAUGAUCCUAUUUUGAGGACUAAUAAUAUAAUUUCAUCUUCUUCUUGCUCCUCAUUGGUGAAUACUGAUAGACCAAAUAUUGAUCUUGCAUUAGUUUAUGCAAAUUUUCUCAAUAAAAAACCUGAUUCUCAGAAUAAUUCUGAUCAAAUGGAAAAAAGACCUUUUGAUCCUUUAGAAAAUUCAAGGCUAUCAAAUGUUGAAGUUGGUUCAAGUAGUUUAAAUUUGUCUGAAUUAGAGCUUGGUUUCAAAGGGUGUUUGAGUCUUCAAGAACAAUUACAAUCCACAACAGUAACACAUUUUAGUGAGUUCAAUUCUAUGCAGACUCUUCAAAAAGAUAGAAUUGAUCAUUGUAAUAUUAUUCAUGAUGAUGGUGUGAAUUUUGAGCUUCCUCCUCUACCAGGUGAAGAGGAUUCAUCAUCACAUGAUCAUGUUUUGUGGUCCAAUUCUGAAAUGAUGAUGAACCUUCCAUUUCAAGUUACUCAACCUCCACCACCACCACCACCACUUCUUGGACCUGAUCAAAUUCAUGAUGCAGAUUUGUUAAUUGGUAAUUGGAGCCCUUUUGAUUUUACAAGGGACGCUUCGUUUUCUCGGCCUUGACAAAUCGUCAUACUCUUGUUUGACGAAAAAAAGUUUAGGCUAGUUGGGUCUCAGGGGCUCACCAGGGUCAAGAAAAGCCUCAAGGCUCAAAGAGCGUUGUCAGAAGUACUUACAUAUAUUACCUAUCAACAAAGUCAUCACAUCGACAAACGGAUUAAAACUACGAUUUUUGUGGGAGCUGAGCUGGAUUCUUACCAACUGGACCAAACUUACGACGGCCGAUUCUCUUCAUGUUUUUGCAUAUUUGUUUACAUACUCAUUAUAUGUAGUUGUCUAUAGAAUGUGGAUUUUGUUACUACAAAAUAAUUUGAAGUUCUAUACUAAUACAGUCUUUGAGAGAAUAUAGUAACAUACUAUAUACUAAUAAACACAUUAUAGUAGCAAACACAGUGUUUAAGUUGAGGUUAUUUGAUCUAUUAGCUUAGGCUCUGUCGCUUUCCAAUUGACAAAUCCUAAGAUUUGAUGUAAUAACUUUUGUGGUCCUACUUGAGCAUAUCUUAUGCUUAUGCUUAAGUUGUAGUUUUUAUUUUUAUGUUGAUGAAUGAAUUCUUUUUAGCUUACAAAAAGAAAUAGAUAUGUGAUUAUAUUUUUUGCCACUAUUAGAAAGAUAUAGAUGUGAUUGUUUAAGAAAGAAGUUGAUGUGAUUGUUAACAUUUUCAAAGAUGUGAUUGAAACAAAUUU